CUUUUAGCUAGUGCCCAAGCUAUCAGCAGAGAAGAGAAGGGUAGCAUGGCUCCAGGAGAAAAGGAAAGAGAGGAGGGGCCAGCCAAGAGUGCCCUCCGGAAGAUACGCACAGCCACCUUGGUGAUCAAUUUGGCCCGAGGUUGGCAGCAGUGGGCAAAUGAGAACAGCACCAAACAGGCCCAGGAGCCUGCAGGCUGGCUACCGGGAGGGACCCAGGAUCCACCCCAAGAUCCUAAACCAGGGAUACACCCCACUCCCCACCAGAAAGCUCAGAGUGCCCCAAAGUGUCCUUCCCAAGAGCCAGAGAGACAUGGAGAUGGACAAAGCUCGGAGGAAGCCACUGAGGUCUCUCAUAUCAAAAGGAAAGAGGUGACCAAAACAGUGGUCAGCAAGGCUUAUGAGAGAGGACGGGAUGUGAGCCACCUCAGCCACAGAUACGAGAAUGAUGGUGACACACCUGAGCCCGGGCAGCCAGAGAACGACAUUGACAGAAUCCUCUACAGCCACGGCUCCCCGACGCGGAGGAGAAAAUGUGCCAACCUGGUAUCUGAGCUGACCAAAGGCUGGAAAAAGAUGGGGCAGGAUGACUCCAAGUGGAGAAGCGACAGCAUAGACACAGAGGAUAGCGGCUAUGGAGGGGAGACCGAGGGGAGGCCCGAGCAGGCUGGAGAGGAAGUGGCUGCUACCAGAAUCAAACGGUCCUUGCCCUCCCAGGCAAAUAGAUUUACAGAGAAACUCAGCUGCAAGGCUCAAAGGAAAUACAGCCAAGUGGACAACCUGAAAGGCAGAUGGCAGCAGUGGGCUGAUGAACACAUACAAUCCCAGAAGCUCAACCCUUUCAGUGAAGAAUUUGAUUAUCAGCUGGCCAUGGCCACCCGCCUGCACAAAGGAGAUGAAGGCUACGGCCGUCCCAAGGAGGGGACCAAAACUGCCGAAAGGGCCAAACGCGCUGAGGAGCACAUCUACAGAGAAAUUAGGGACAUGUGCUUCAUCAUCCGCACGAUGGCUCGCCACAGGCGAGACGGCAAGAUCCAGGUUACUUUUGGUGAUCUUUUUGACAGAUACGUUCGUAUUUCAGAUAAAGUAGUGGGCAUUCUCAUGCGUGCCAGGAAACAUGGACUGGUGGACUUCGAAGGAGAGAUGUUAUGGCAAGGCCGUGAUGACCAUGUUGUAAUUACUCUACUCGAGUGACCCUUCAACUACAAAAGCCAAACGUGACCCACUCGUCUUAAUGCUACUUGCUGACUUAGUAAAAAUAAAAUCCAAACUGCUGUGUAAAUAUUAAAUGAUUUUUACAUGAAGGACUUUUUUGGCACUAUAUUGCUGAGGAAGUUUGAAGAUUUUGAGAAAGCACACACAUAGAAAUGUUUGAAAUUCCACCUACCUUUUAGGCAAAACCAUGUGGCUAUUCAUUGCAGAAAUUAUAGAUCUCUAAUUAAACAAUUAUACAUCUAAGAAGAAUGCUGACUUUAGGUUCAUAUAGGCAGACCAUAUUAUGAUGUGAUUUUUUUCAGGAAAGAAAAGAAUUCCGUUAAGUUUGGCCAAGCUAAACUUAAAAUUUUCUAAGAAGCUUGACUUCGUACUAUUAUUUUUACCAUAGCUUCACUUACAAAAUAGGCACACAAAUAAAAAAUGAAGUUUUCAAGUCUAUAAGAUGAUAAAAUUGCUCAAAUUUCUCUGUGGGCUUGUAAUUUAAUAGGUUUUCAAAGUUAGCCAUGCUUCUGUGUCAUUUGCUCAAAUCACAUAAAAGCAGACAUCACUGGUGGUAUCAGAACCAAGAGAAGGUGGUUAUGUUCACCUUUGCUGUGAAAGCAGAGGUGAGAGAUCAGAUUUACGGGACUUCUUGGAGAAGUUCAAUUUUCCUUAAAAUUGUACUGAGUCAUGCAGCUUACAUUUAUGUCAAUAUAUAAUGAAAUAGAAAUACAGAAAGUUCUACAAUGAACUGGAAUGUUCAUGUAGAAUCUGAUAGAUUCAUUGGGAAAUUAGAAACAUAGUUGGGACAUUUUAAUUUUCUUCAUGCUCUAACAAACUAUACAAUACCUAAAAAUCAUAAAACAGCACUAUUAGUUCUGUCGAAGUGAAAAAAAGCGUAGUGCAAUAUGAUUCCAAAGAGAAAUUUGACACUAAUCUGUUUUUUCUCAGAUUUAAUGUGCUUUACAUAAU